AUGCAAGAUAAAAGAUACCAACUAAGCAUCCAGCAUCAAGACAAUGCAUUUCACCGAGAACUGCGCAUUGAUGCUUGCGUGGACAAGCAAGAACGGGUGUCUCGUGUGGCAGCGGUCGCAUUCCAGACGGUUCUAUCUGUACCUUUCGGUACAACCUCUCCACCCUCCGACAAUUGUGUCGCCGCCAUGCCUGCCCACAACACAUUAGCCAUACUAGCCUAUUGCCUCUGA